AUGUCCAAACGACAUCGUUUAGAUUUAGGCGACGACUAUACGUCGGCUAAAAAGAGAUCGUCCUAUGAUGGGCGUGACCGGGACAGAGAUCGCGAUGAACGGUCGAGGGACAGGGAACGUGAGCGGGAUAGAGACCGUGACAGAGAGAGGGAUACAAAGUCGUCUUCUGGCUUGUCCGUCAACCCUGUUGCAGGCGCAGGAGGCCUUCCAAAGAUAACUCACAUCCAGCAACAGAUCAGCCCAUUCACCAACCUUCCUCACACACCGCGCUACUAUGAGAUCCUUAAUAAGCGCCUGCAACUGCCUGUCUGGGAGUACAGGGAGAGCUUCACUGAGAUCCUCAUGCGUUGCCAGUCUUUUGUGCUGGUUGGAGAGACAGGAUCUGGAAAGACUACACAGAUACCUCAGUGGUGCGUGGACAUGGUACGGGCAUUGCCGGGACCGAAGCGAGCGGUGGCGUGCACCCAGCCCAGGAGGGUGGCAGCUAUGAGUGUUGCUCAAAGGGUGGCUGAUGAGAUGGAUGUCAUGUUGGGCCAAGAGGUGGGCUACUCCAUCCGGUUUGAGGACUGCAGCUCCGCCAAGACUGUACUCAAGUACAUGACAGACGGGAUGUUGUUGCGGGAAGCUAUGAAUGAUCCCUUACUGGAGCAUUACGGUGUCAUUAUCCUGGACGAGGCUCAUGAGCGCACGCUAGCCACCGACAUUCUCAUGGGUGUCCUCAAGGAGGUGGUCCGCCAGAGGCCUGACCUCAAGGUUAUUGUCAUGAGUGCCACCCUUGAUGCUGGGAAGUUCCAGGUGUACUUUGACAGCUGUCCGCUGCUAACCAUCCCCGGACGUACUCACCCAGUGGAGAUAUUUUACACACCAGAGCCGGAGAGGGACUACCUGGAAGCAGCCAUCCGUACUGUAAUCCAAAUCCACAUGUGUGAGGAGGAUGAAGGGGACGUUCUGCUUUUUCUCACUGGACAAGAGGAAAUUGAUGAGGCCUGCAAGCGAAUCAAGAGAGAGGUCGAUGAUCUCGGGCCUGAAGUUGGUGAUAUCAAAAUCAUCCCGCUGUACUCCACACUGCCGCCACAACAACAGCAAAGGAUCUUCGAGCCGCCGCCGCCCAAUAAACCAAACGGUGCCAUCGGAAGGAAGGUGGUGGUGUCGACAAACAUCGCAGAGACAUCCCUGACCAUCGACGGCGUGGUGUUUGUAAUCGAUCCUGGAUUUGCUAAGCAAAAGGUGUAUAAUCCACGAAUCAGAGUGGAAUCACUUUUAGUGACGGCCAUCAGCAAAGCAUCUGCCCAGCAGAGGGCAGGCCGUGCUGGACGCACACGCCCUGGGAAGUGCUUCCGGCUUUACACCGAGAAGGCUUAUAAGACAGAAAUGCAGGACAACACGUAUCCAGAGAUCCUGAGGUCCAACCUGGGCUCAGUGGUGCUGCAGCUGAAGAAACUGGGGAUUGACGACCUGGUACACUUUGACUUCAUGGACCCACCAGCUCCAGAGACACUGAUGCGGGCGCUGGAGUUGCUGAACUACCUGGCGGCGCUGAACGACGACGGUGAUCUGACAGAGCUGGGAUCAAUGAUGGCGGAGUUUCCGUUGGACCCCCAGCUGGCCAAGAUGGUCAUCGCCAGCUGUGAAUUCAACUGUUCAAACGAGGUCCUCUCCAUCACGGCCAUGCUGUCAGUCCCACAGUGCUUCGUCAGACCCACCGAGGCCAAGAAGACGGCGGACGAGUCCAAGAUGUGCUUCGCCCACAUCGACGGAGACCAUCUGACGCUGCUAAACGUCUACCACGCCUUUAAACAAAAUCACGAGUCCGUGCAGUGGUGCUACGACAACUUCGUCAACUACCGCUCGCUGAUGUCGGCAGACAAUGUGCGCCAGCAGCUGUCCCGGAUCAUGGACCGCUUCAGCCUGCCACGGCGCAGCACCGAGUUCAGCAGCAGGGACUACUACCUGAACAUCCGCAAAGCGCUGGUCACCGGCUUCUUCAUGCAGGUGGCUCACCUGGAGCGCACAGGUCACUACCUGACGGUGAAGGACAACCAAGUCGUACAGCUGCACCCCUCCACUGUGCUGGACCACAAGCCUGAGUGGGUGCUCUACAACGAGUUUGUGCUAACCACCAAGAAUUACAUUCGCACGUGCACAGACGUCAAACCGGAGUGGCUGGUGAAAAUUGCCCCCCAGUACUACGAGAUGAGUAACUUCCCCCAGUGUGAAGCCAAGAGACAGUUGGAGCGCAUCAUCGCCAAACUCUCAUCCAAGGAAUACACUCAGUACUAAAUCCAUCUGUGUGUGCGCUGUGACAGUGUCUCCAGUAUGUGAACACAGUCGGCGCUCAGCUCAUCUUUUUUGGAAUUGGGUUUUGUCUCUCUGUGUCACGUCGCUUUUCAUAAUGACUGAAUAUGCUCUGUUACUGGGUUUAUUUUUUUAUGAAGCUAGGAGCGUUAAGCACUACUGGAAUUAGACUGUAAAUGAGUUUAGCCCGAACAUGAUAUCUGAAGUUUAAUUUCAACAUUCCGCUUAAAGACAUCCAUAAUUGCAGGUACCAGCUUGUAAGUGUUGUUGAAAGGCGCUCGUCAUUGGAGCGAAGGUUUUUUUGCUCUUCUACUGUGUUUUGAUGCAGGCGUAAUGUUCUCUUGUCACGGAGGCGCUAACGAGGCAGUCUGGUCACAUUUCCUGGUAACUGUUAAACGGAAAUAAAAAUGUUUGUAAUAAAGUUUGUUUUUUGUUUUUUUCCUCCCUCCGCUGUCGUC